AUGGAUCCCACAUGGCUCCAUUAUACUGACCAACUUUCAGCACGGGACCUGACUGUUGAAGCGGUUCAGGCCAUUGGAUUAUCAAAGGCGCUGAAAGGAGGAGGCUCGUCAUCCCGCAGUAUCCCUUUUGCGAAGCUGAAGGGACUUCUUGACAGCCGGAGUGACCGUGAUAUCCUCGAAGGUUUGAAGAGAGUGAUUUCUAUGAUCUAUCAGAACAAACCAUGUCUGCCAUACUUCUCGUCUGUGGUCAAAAAUGUCGCCAAUCCCAAUAUUGAGAUCAAGAAACUCGUCUACAUCUACUUGCUUCACUACGCCGAGUCCGAUCCGGACUUGGCGUUACUCUCGGUCAACGCGAUUCAAAAAUCCCUGACAGAUCAGAACCCACAAGUUCGUGCUCUGGCCCUCCGGACAAUGUCGGGAAUGAGGGUUCCGGUCAUCAGCCAAAUUGUGUCUUUGGCCAUCAAACGUGGUGCAGGUGAUAUGAGCCCGCACGUGAGGAAGGCAGCUGCACUGGCUAUUCCGAAGUGCUACAGCCUUGACCCGAACACGCUGCCACAAUUGCUGGAAUACUUAUCUACGCUACUCGGCGACAAGCAGUACUUUGUCGUUGGGCCUGCUGUGCAGACAUUUCUACAACUAUGUCCAGAUCGCAUGGACCUGAUCCACAAACACUACCGGAGUCUUGUGAAAAAGCUUGUCGACAUGGACGAGUGGAGCCAGCUUGCGACGCUGAGACUGCUUCUGACCUAUAGUCGCCUCUGUUUCCCUCAGAAGAUCCAUAGAGUCACAAAAGUCAAUAAGAAGGGCUUCUACGACGAUGAACCAGACGAUGAAGUCGAAACCGGCGAGGUAGUCCGCGCCCUGGACCCAGACCUGGAGCUACUCUUGAAAGCUUGUCAGAAUCUUCUGCAUAGCCGGAGCACCGCUGUGAUCAUUUCUGUAACCAGCUGUUUCCUGUACUUGGGCACGACAGAAUAUCUCAAACAGGCGGUGGGACCCUUGAUUGGACUCCUGAAUGGCGCUCCGGAGGUGGAGGAGAUAGCUCUCUGCAAUAUUGUCAUGGUAUCACUGUCUGUGCCUCAACUCUUUGUCCCGUAUACUUCGCACUUCCUGCUUCGGGCACAGGAUUCGCCUCAUAUUUGGAAGCUGAAAAUCGAACUGUUGACAAUUGUCUUCCCACACGCGGCGUUGCAUCUCAAAUCGAUUAUACUGAGCGAGCUGGAGCAUUUUUCUCACAGCUCAGACAUUGAGCUGAUCCAAGAGUCAGUCAAGGCAAUAGGACGAUGCGCACAGGCUGACCCGGACAACGCGCACCGAUGCUUCCGGGUCCUGUUAAAUCAGAUAUCGAGCUUUGACAAUGUUCUGGUUUCUGAGGUUCUCACUGUGAUUCGACACCUGAUCCAGCAAGAUCCAGCCUCUCACCGGAAGACAGUGGUAAGGCUGGCGCGGAACUUAGACAAAACAACCAGUCCAGAAGCUCGCGCGACCAUCAUCUGGUUGGUAGGCGAGUUCGCGAACCUCGACCCCGACAACAAUAUCGCACCGGAUGUGCUUCGGAUUCUAGCCAAGGGUUUUGCUGACGAGAGUGAGCCCGCCAAACAGCAGAUCGUGCUUCUCGCCGCUAAAGUCUACCUCCUGUUCCUGCAAAACAAGACUGCGGAAAAAUCCGUUGUCGCAGACACUACCACAGAGGAAGACGGUGGCGAAGGCUUUCAAGAACAACACUCGCCAUCUUCGCCAUCGUCUGACCACCCUGUCCCCAAAUUGUGGAACUACAUCCAACUCCUCGCACGCUAUGACACGUCAUACGAUCUGCGCGACCGGGCACGGCUUUUCAAAGCACUCCUCGCCAACCCGGAGUCCACUCAACUGGCAUCGCUCCUCUUGCUCGCGCCCAAGCCUGUCCCGCACGCGCCUUCGCCGUCACAGUCUCGCAAAGGCCUGCUGAUCGGUAGCACAACGCUCGUAUUGGGGAAAGAUAAUGCCGGCAUCCUCGGACUCCCCGGCUACGAGGAACUACCGGAGUGGGUCCAGGAGGGACAAGAGCCAGACUCGAAGCUGAGAGAUGCAGCCGAUGGUGCCGACAAGGAUGAAUAUAUCUCUGUAACCGCUAGGACGGCGGCGGCGUCGACGGUUGCGGCAAGUCGAAGGCUGGAUGACGCGGUCAGGGAGCAAGGCCUGGAGAACGUGGUCGCCGCAGGGUCAUCCACCAAGCAGGCAAAUGUAAAGCCGCGCACUUUGGAUGAUUGGCUUGCUGAAAGUGAGGAUGAGGAUGAGGACGAAGAGGAGACGGAAGAGGAGACCGAGAGCGAGGGGCACGACGAUGAGGGCUCUACGGAAGAGGAGAGCGACGAGGGGGAAAUGGAAGAAGAUAGCGAGGAUGAAAAGGCGGUGCGGAGAGGCCUCAUCUCUGGGUAA